GGGGCGCUGCGAGUGCGGGAUUGGGCAGCCAAGGCCAGGGGCGGGGCCCGGCGGGAGGGGCGGGGCCCGGCGGGAGGGGCAGUGUCCCACCGGGAGCUCCGCUUUCCGCGCGCGGCGCCCGGCGGCUGUGUGAGGCCGAGCCCAGGUGCGCGUGCUCGCUCCCGGUCGAGGCCCUUCGGAUGGGGACACCGCCCCAGCGUCAGAAUCUCCCGCCGUGGGUGAAAGCUCCUGGAGACCUGAAGAAUCCUGAGGUGCUCCAGGUCCAGACAGGGCUGCUGGAAGCCAUGUUUGGCCCAGGUGGAUCUCGAAUCCCGUACAUCGAGCAAGUGAGCAAAGUCAUGCUUGAGGUGCGGACUCUGGAGUCUUCGGACCUCACCGAGGUCCUGGUUUACGGCCCCGACUUGUCCAAGUUCCGGACCAAGUGGAUGCUGCAGUCCAUGGCGGAGCGGCAGCGCCUGAGGCAGGAGCGCGGGAUUCUCAGACUGGAGGAAGCCAUGAAUUCACUGGAACUAGGCCCUCGGAUGAAGUGAAGACCAUUUGCAGUCAAACCUACCUGGGACCAGGAUGCAGAGAGUAGGCUGUGGCUGAAGUGGGUCAGCUGACCAGGAAAAACCAACUAGUCUGGGGCCUCUGCCCGUGUCUUUAAGUCCUGAUGUGACUUCCCCCCA